CUCCAGAUCAGUCCAGAGAAGUCGGUUAUUUGACAGGAAGACAUUUAGCCUUUGUCUGGGACAGAUUUUCACCCAUUGGAAUAUCUAUACUUUCUUGGAUUUGAAGACGUGUGCUGUGGCCUCUAAGGAAACAACUGGUUUUACUGGGAACGUUGAGUGGUGUGACUCCAAAGCAAGGCUUCAGGGAUAUGGAACAUCUGAAGCGGCUUUAUACCAUGUCAGCACACUGGCCCAUCUAGCUGAGAAUUAUCUGCUCUGACCGGCAGGGGUUUUCCAGAAGAGAACAGUCUUGCCUACAUUCUGCCACCGGCAAUCCUUGAACUGGAGAUGCCAGAGACUGAGCCGAGGGCCAUCAGCUUGCAAAGUGUGGCCUCCACCAUUGAUCACCAAGUUAUUUGGCAGCCAGUGUCAUUAGUUUCUAGGAUGUUUGUGCUGUUGUAUGUUACAAGCUUUGCCUUCUAUACAAGUGGACAACCUCUCCACAGCCAAUUUAAAGGAGAAAAUUAUUCCUCAAAGUACAUUUGUAGCAUACCUGGAUUGCCAGGCCCUGCAGGUCCUACUGGAGCUAGUGGACCACCUGGACCGCAUGGCCGAAUUGGGAUCCCAGGACGGGAUGGGAGAGACGGCCGGAAAGGAGAAAAGGGUGAGAAAGGAAAUGCAGGUAUAAGAGGAAAGACGGGCCCCGUUGGACAACCUGGAGAGAAAGGAAACCAAGGGGAGACCGGUAAAAAAGGCCCUCCAGGACUGGGAGGUGCUAAAGGUGAUGUGGGUUCCGUUGGUCCAGCAGGCCCAAAAGGUGAUAGAGGAGAUCGAGGGGAGCCUGGUUUGCCAGGUGUAUGUAAGUGUGGGAAAAUAGUCCUGAAAUCUGCCUUUUCUGUCGGGAUCACCACAAGUUACCCCGAGGAACGAUUACCGAUCAUCUUCAAUAAAGUCCUCUUCAACGAAGGAGGCCAUUACAACCCUUCAAAUGGAAAGUUCACAUGUGCCAUUCCAGGGAUCUAUUACUUCUCUUAUGACAUCACCUUGGCAAAUAAACAUCUUGCCAUAGGCUUGGUUCAUAACGGGAAGUUCCGAAUAAAGACGUUCGAUGCGAACACAGGAAACCAUGAUGUAGCUUCUGGGUCGACAGUGAUGUAUCUUGAGCCAGAGGAUGAAGUAUGGCUUGAGAUUUUCUACACGGAUCAAAACGGCCUUUUUGCUGAUCCAACGUGGGCAGACAGUUUAUUUUCAGGGUUCCUCUUAUAUGUCGAUACAGACUAUCACAAUGCCCUUUUCGAUGAUGAUGAGCUGUGAUAGUGGAAAGGGCUAAGGAAUAUCUCUAAGUGAAUACAAGACAGUGGAUGGGACCUGAUCCGCAGUGUCACCAAGACAAAUCAAUAAAUGACUUGCCCUGGGAUUCUGUUUAUGCCACCAAGGCACUCAAGUCGAAGGCACCCGCGGGUCUUUUUACCAAAUAGCAGGUUCAACCAACCAAAAUGUAUAUGAUUGUCUUUUGGAAAACGAAGUUUAUAUAAUAGUAU